UCCGUCUGUCGUCACCCAUUUAACUUUGACCCUACCAGGGCCAUUGUCCACAUCCAAGUGAAUGACGUCAACGAGUAUUCGCCCGUGUUCAAGGAGAAGUCAUACAAAGCCACGGUCAUCGAGGGCAAGAAGUAUGAUAGCAUCCUAAAGGUGGAGGCGGUGGACGCCGACUGCUCAUUCCAGUUCAGCCAGAUCUGCAGCUACGCAAUCGUCACCCCCGAUGUGCCCUUCAUCGUCGACAAAGACGGUAAGGACCCCAAACGGCUUCACAUUUUUCAUUGAUCUCGGUAAACAUUAAGGCCAUCAUUUUGAAAACACUUUGCCUUUGAAGUGGAGGCUUGCACUUGCCAAUCUCUGUAUUAUGAUGAUUACUUGCGUGUCUACAGUGCCUUCGGAAAGUAUUCAUACCCCUUGACGUAUUCCACAUUUUGUUGUUACAGCCUGAAUUCAAAAUUGAUUAAAUACAGUGGGGAAAAAAGUAUUUAGUCAGCCACCAAUUGUGCAAGUUCUCCCACUUAAAAAGAUGAGAGAGGCCUGUAAUUUUCAUCAUAGGUACACGUCAACUAUGACAGACAAAUUGAGAAAGAAAAAUCCAGAAAAUCACAUUGUAGGAUUUUUAAUGAAUUUAUUUGCAAAUUAUGGUGGAAAAUAAGUAUUUGGUCACCUACAAACAAGCAAGAUUUCUGGCUCUCACAGACCUGUAACUUCUUCUUUAAGAGGCUCCUCUGUCCUCCACUCGUUAUCUGUAUUAAUGGCACCUGUUUGAACUUGUUAUCAGUAUAAAAGACACCUGUCCACAACCUCAAACAGUCACACUCCAAACUACACUAUGGCCAAGAUUUUCUGGAUUUUUUUUUUCUCAUUUUGUCUGUCAUAGUUGACGUGUACCUAUGAUGAAAAUUACAGGCCUCUCUCAUCUUUUUAAGUGGUAGAACUUGCACAAUUGGUGGCUGACUAAAUACUUUUUUUCCCCACUGUAUAUUUUUUCUCUCUCACUAAUCUACACACAAUACCCCAUAAUGACAAAGUGAAAACAUGUUUUUAGAAAUUGUAAGGACAUUUAUUGAAAAUGAAAUACUGAAAUAUCUAAUUGACGUAAGUAUCCCUGAGUCAAUACUUUGUAGAAGCACUUUUGGCAACGAUUACAGCUGUGAGUCUUUCUAGGUAAGUCUCUAAGAGCUUUCCACACCUGGAUUGUGCAACAUUUGCCCAUUAUUCUUAAAACAAUUAUUCAAGCUCUGUCAAAUUGGUUGUUGAUCAUUGCUAGACAACCAUUUUCAGGUCUUGCCAUAGAUUUUUUGAAGUAGAUUUGAGUCAAAAUUGGAACUCGGCCACUGAGAAACAUUCACUAUCUUCUUGGUAAGCAACUCCAGUGUAGAUUUGGCCUUGUGUUUUAGGUUAUUGUCCUGCUGAAAGAUGAAUUCAUCUCCCAGUGUCUGUUGGAAAGCAGACUGAACCAGGUUUUCCUCUAGGAUUUUCCCUAUGCUUAGCUUCACUCUGUUUCUUUUUUAUCCUUAAAAACUCCCCAAUCCUUAACAAUUACAAGCAUUCCCAUAACAUGAUGCUGCCACCACAGAGAUGAGGUAAUCAUUCAUAAAUCAAGGUAAACACUAUUAUUGCACACAGUGAGACCAUGCAACUAAUUCUGCGAUUUGUAAAGCACAUUUUUACUCCUCAACUUAUUUAGGCAUGCAAUAACAAAGGGGUUGAAUACUUAUUGACCCAAAACAUUUCAACUUUUCAUUUUUAAUUAAUUAAAAACAAUUAAAAACCAAAAAAACAUAAUUCCACUUUGACAUUGUAGGGUAUUGACACACAAUCUCAAUUUAAUCCAUUUUAAAUUCAGGCUGUAACACAACAAAAUAUGGAAAAAGUCAAGUGGUAUGAGUACUUUCUGAAGGCACUGUAUAUCCGAUUUUAAAAGGUUGUGCAAUGUUUACCAUUGAUCUUAGCACACCUGUAGCCUGUUAGCGUUCCGUCAAUAAAAAGCUAAAAUCACCUAAAUUCUUUGUCCCUCCUCCACUCAGGCUUCAUCAAGAACACAGAGAAGCUGAACUACAGCAAAGAGCGCAUGUACAAGCUGACGGUGACUGCCUACGACUGUGGGAAGAACCGUGCCUCAGAAGAUGUCCUGGUCAAGAUCAGCAUUAAGCCCACCUGCAAGCCCAGCUGGCAAGGUAUCAAAGGCCCUCCUCUUUCAGUAACUCCCAAAUGGCUUCAGGAACUGUUUGAGUGCAUCUAUCUAUCUGUCCUCCCGAGUGGCGCAGUGGUCUAAGGCACUGCAACGCAGCUAGCUGUGCCACUAGAGAUCCUGGUUCGAAUCCAGGCUCUGUCGUAGCUGGCGCACAAUUGGUCCAGGGUAGGGGAGGGAAUGGCCGGCAGGGAUGUAGCUCAGUUGGUAGGUUCGAUUCCCACGGGGGGGCAGUAUGAAAAAAUAAAAAUAAAUAAUGUAUGCACUAACUGUAAGUCACUCUGGAUAAGAGCGUCUGCUAAAUGACUAAAAUGUAAAUGUAAAAAUCUAGUCUCUGUGAUGAACAGAGGGACUCUGCAAGGAUAAAUGCAAUCAUUCAAUCCUCAAGUUUUUCCUCUCUUAGCCAGCUUCAGAGUCACUGCCUAAUGAAUAAACAGAGCAUUGACCACAGCUGUCUUUCUCUCUCUCAGGCUUCAACAAGAGGAUCGAGUACGAACCUGGCACAGGCAGUCUGGCCCUUUUCCCCAGCAUGCACUUGGAGACCUGCGAGGAGACAAUCACCUCCAUCCAGGUCAACAUUGAGCUGGAAACCAAUCACAUCGGAAAGGGCUGCGACCGAGACACCUACUCCGAGAAGUCGCUGCACAAGCUGUGCGGUGAGAAACCCUAAACUUACAACAAAAACCACCAUGAUAUACAGUACAUUCGGAAAGUAUUCAGACCCCUUGACUUUUUCCACAUUUUUGUUACGUUACAGCCUUAUUCUAAAAUGGAUUUUAAAAAGAACUAUUCUCAUCAAUCUACACACAAUACCCUAUAAUUUAUAAAUAAAAACCGGAAAUAUCACAUUUACAUGAGUAUUCAGUCCCUUUACUCAGUACUUUGUUGAAGCACCUUUGGCGGCGAUUACAGCCUCGAGUCAUCUGGGGUAUGACGCUACAAGCUUGGCACACCAGAGAUGUUUGAUCGGGUUCAAGUCCGGGCUCUGCCUAGGCCAUGCAAGGACUCGUCCCGAAGCCACUCCUGCGUUGUCUUGGCUGUGUGCUUAGGGCCGUUGUCCUGUUGGAAGGUGUCUGAGGUCCUGAGCGCUCUGGAGCAGGUUUUCAUCAAGGAUAUCUCUGUACAUUGCUCCGUUCAUCUUUCCCUCGAUCCUGACUAGUCUCCCAGUCCCUGCCGAGUUCAAUCUUGGUUUCAUCAGACCAGAGAAUCUUGUUUCUCAUGGUCUGAGAGUCUUUAGGUGCCUUUUGGCAAACUCCAAGCGGGCUGUCAUUUGCCUUUUACUGAGGAGUGGCUUCCGUCUGGCCACUCAACCAUAAAGGCCUGAUUGGUGGAGUGCUGCAGAGAUGGUUGUCUUUCUGGAAGGUUCUCCCAUCUCCACAGAGGAACUCUGGAGCUCUUUCGGAGUGACCAUCGGGUGCUUGGUCACCUCCCUGACCAAGGCCCUUCUCCCCCGAUUGCUCAGUUUGGCCGGGCGGCCAGCUCUAGGAAGAGUCUUGGUGGAUCCAAACUUCUUCCAUUUAAGAAUAAUGGAGGCCACUGUGUUCUUGGGGACCUUCAAUGCUGCUGAAUUGUUUUGGUACCCUUCCCCAGAUCUGUGCCUCAACACAAUCCUGUCUCGGAGCUCUACGGACAAUUCAUUCGACCUCAUGGCUUGGUUUUUGCUCUGACAUGCACUGUCAACUGUGGGACCUUAUAUAGACAGGUGUGUGCCUUUCCAAAUCAUGUCCAAUGAAUUGAAUUUACCACAAGUGGACUCCAAUCAAGUUGUAGAAACACCUCAAGGAUGAUCAAUGGAAACAGGAUGCACCUGAGCUCAAUUUCGAGUCUCAUAGCAAAGGGUCUGAAUACCUAUGUAAAUAAAGUAUUUCUGUUUUUGUAUUUUUAAUAAAUUAGCUAACUUUUCUAAAAACCUGUUUUCGUUUUGUCAUUAUAGGGUAUUGUGUGUAGAUUGAGGGAAAAAAUGAAUUUAAUCAAUUUUAGAAUAUAAAUGUGGAUAAGGUCAAGGGGUCUGAAUACUUUCCGAAGGCACUGUACUGUAGCUCAGAGCAUGUAUCUCUGCCAAACAAGCAAUGUGCCAUACAAUAUCCAUUCCUCGUAAUGCAGUCCCAUUCCAAGAUAACCUACCCAAAGUGGAUUUGAUUUGAUGAUUUUUUUUUUUUUUACCCGGUGAAAACGUGUCAUCGCUUUUCCAAUCUGUAGCAUUGUGUAUUUGUGUCUAAACCUGGAAUUCUGUGUGUAUGUUUGUCUUUCUCAGGUGCCAGUGCUGGCACGGUGGAACUACUGCCUGCGCCCAGCAGCUCUGCCAACUGGACUGUAGGUCUGCCCACGGAUAACGGACAUGACAGCCACCAGGUGUUUGAGUUCAACGGCACGCAGGCCAUCAAGGUGCCCGAGGGCGUGGUGAACACCAGCCUGAAGGAGCCCUUCACCAUCUCAGUGUGGAUGAGGCACGGCCCCGGGGCCAGGGAGAAGGAGACCAUCCUCUGUAACUCGGACAAAACAGGUACACUACCCUCACAGUAAUACAUACCAAAUCCAAAUGCAAUACAUACCAAAUCUAGGUCAAUGUGCUGCAGACCUGGCUUCAAAUACUAUUUGAAAUAUUUUAUAUAGUUUAAGUGUUUGCUUCAGUCUGACUGGAGUGCUAGGUGGGAGGGGUUUGUACUUUUGCUGCAAUUUUAUUGGUUCCAUUGUGCUGAUAUCCUGAAAUGAUCAUCUUAACCUUAUCAGCUGUAUUUUGUAUAUUGUUUUAGUAUUUUAUUCCAGAUCCCCAUUAGCUGCUGCUAAUCAUAAUUUCAUACAAUAGAACAAUAACACAACACAUUAGUACACACUACUCUACCAUAACAUAUCUACAAUACAAAAUCAAUAAUACAUGAAAAUAACUAAAUAAUUAAAAUGCUGUGUGUGUGUCUCUUCACAGUCCGUGCUGUUCCAUAACUUGCAGUUUUAUCAGUUUUUUAAAUCUGAUUUUACUGCUUGACUGAGUUACAUGAUGUGGAAUAAAGUUCCAUGUAAUCAUGGCUCUAUGUAGUACUGUGCAUUUCCCAUAGUCUGUUCUGGACUUGGGGACUGUGAAGAGACCUCUUGUGGCAUGUCUUGUGGGGUAUGCAUGGGUGUCUGAGCUGUGCGCUAGUCGCUUAAACAGACAGCUCAUUGAUUUCAGCAUGUCAAUACCUCUCACAAAGACAAGCAGUGAUGCAGUCAAUCUCUCCUCCACCCUGAGCCAGGAGAGAUUGACAUGCAUAUUAUCAAUGCUGGCUCUCUGUGGACAUCCAAGGGCCAGCCGUGCUACUCUGUUCUUGGCCAAUUGUAAUUUGCCUAUGUCCCUCUUUGUGGCACUUGACCAUAUGACUGGACAGUGCGACAACAGUAGGGCCAGUAGGACUUGUUUUGUUGAUAGCGAUGUCAAGAAAGCAGAGCGGUGCUUUAUUAUGGACAGACCUCUCCCCAUUUUAGCUACCGUUGCAUCACUAUGUUUUGACCAUGACAGUUUACAAUCCAGGGUUACACCAAGCAGUUUAGUCUCCUCAACAUGCUCAAUUUCCACAUUAUUCAUUACAAGAUUUAGUUUAGGUUUAGUGAAUGAUUUGUCCCAAAUGCAAUGCUUUUAGUUUUUGAAAUAUUUAGGACCAGUUUAUUUCUUGCCACCCAGUUUGAAACUGACUGCAGCUCUUUGUUAAGUGUUGCAGUGAUUUCACUUUCUGUGGUAGCUGUUGAUUCAUUAGCAUACAUAGACACAAACGCUUUACUCAGUGCCAGGUCAUUAGUAAAGAUUGAAAAAAGUAAGGGGCCUAGACCGCUGCCUUGGGGAAUGCCUGACUCUACCUGGAUUAUGUUGGAAAGGCUUCCAUUCAAGAACACCCUCUGUGUUCUGUUAGACAGGUAACUCUCGAUCCACAAUAUAGCAGGGGAUGUAAAGCCAUAACACAUACGUUUUUCCAGCAGUAGAUUAUGAUCAAUAAUGUCAAAAGCUGCACUGAAGUCUAACAAAACAGCUCCCACAAUCUUCUUAUCAAUUUCUCUCAGCCAAUCAUCAAUCAUUUGUGUAAGUUCCAUAAAUGUUGAAUGCCCUUCCCUGUUCUUGGGUAGCGGAAUGACUUUUUCCCUUCAGGCCUGAGGGCACACACUUUCCUAUAUGCUUAGAUUGAAGAGAUGGCAAAUAGGUGUGGCAAGUCUGCUAUCAUCCUCAGUAAUUUUCCAUCCAAGUUGUCAGACCCAGGUGGCUGAUAGACAACAAUGUUUUCACCUCUUCCGCACUCACUUUAUGGAAUUCAAAAUUACAAUGCUUGCCUUUCAUAUACAGUGGGGAAAAAAAGUAUUUAGUCAGCAACCAAUUGUGCAAGUUCUCCCACUUAAAAAGAUGAGAGAGGCCUGUAAUUUUCAUCAUAGGUACACGUCAACUAUGACAGACAAAUUGAGAAAAAUGUUUCCAGAAAAUCACAUUGUAGGAUUUUUUAUGAAUUUAUUUGCAAAUUAUGGUGGAAAAUAAGUAUUUGGUCACCUACAAACAAGCAAGAUUUCUGGCUCUCACAGACCUGUAACUUCUUCUUUAAGAGGCUCCUCUGUCCUCCACUCGUUACCCGUAUUAAUGGCACCUGUUUGAACUUGAUAUCAGUAUAAAAGACACCUGUCCACAACCUCAAACAGUCAUACUCCAAACUCCACUAUGGCCAAGACCAAAGAGCUGUCAAAGGACACCAGAAACAAAAUUGUAGACCUGCACCAGGCUGGGAAGACUGAAUCUGCAAUAGGUAAGCAGCUUGGUUUGAAGAAAUCAACUGUGGGAGCAAUUAUUAGGAAAUUGAAGACAUACAAGACCACUGAUAAUCUCCCUCGAUCUGGGGCUCCACGCAAGAUCUCACCCCGUGGGAUCAAAAUGAUCACAAGAACGGUGAGCAAAAAUCCCAGAACCACACGGGGGGACCUAGUGAAUGACCUGCAGAGAGCUGGGACCAAAGUAACAAAGCCUACAAUCAGUAACACACUACGCCGCCAGGGACUCAAAUCCUGCAGUGCAAGACGUGUCCCCCUGCUUAAGCCAGUACAUGUCCAGGCCCGUCUGAAGUUUGCUAGAGUGCAUUUGGAUGAUCCAGAAGAGGAUUGGGAGAAUGUCAUAUGGUCAGAUGAAACCAAAAUAUAACUUUUUGGUAAAAACUCAACUCGUCGUGUUUGGAGGACAAAGAAUGCUGAGGUGCAUCCAAAGAACACCAUACCUACUGUGAAGCAUGGGGGUGGAAACAUCAUGUUUUGGGGCUGUUUUUCUGCAAAGGGACCAGGACGACUGAUCCGUGUAAAGGAAAGAAUGAAUGGGGCCAUGUAUCGUGAGAUUUUGAGUGAAAACCUCCUUCUAUCAGCAAGGGCAUUGAAGAUGAAACGUGGCUGGGUCUUUCAGCAUGACAAUGAUCCCAAUCACACCGCCCGGGCAACGAAGGAGUGGCUUUGUAAGAAGCAUUUCAAGGUCCUGGAGUGGCCUAGCCAGUCUCCAGAUCUCUACCCCAUAGAAAAUCUUUGGAGGGAGUUGAAAGUCUGUGUUGCCCAGCGACAGCCCCAAAACAUCACUGCUCUAGAGGAGAUCUGCAUGGAGGAAUGGGCCAAAAUACCAGCAACAGUGUGUGAAAACCUUGUGAAGACUUACAGAAAACGUUUGACCUGUGUCAUUGCCAACAAAGGGUAUAUAACAAAGUAUUGAGAAACUUUUGUUAUUGACCAAAUACUUAUUUUCCACCAUAAUUUGCAAAUAAAUUCAAUAAAUAUCCUACAAUGUGAUUUUCUGGAUUUUUUUUCCCUCAUUUUUUCUGUCAUAGUUGACGUGUACCUAUGAUGAAAAUUACAGGCCUCUCUCAUCUUUUUAAGUGGGAGAACAUGCACAAUUGGUGGCUGACUAAAUACUUUUUUUCCCCACUGUAUAAUUUGGUCAUUUAGGUAUGGUUGUGUAGGUUGAGAAUUUGUUGUUGUCAUGUGAUGCCUAAGUUUGCUAAUCUUGCCAAUGAAAAAAUCAUUAAAGAAGUUGGCAAUAUCAGUGGGUUUUGUGAUAAAUGAGCCAUCUAAUUCAAUUAAUGAUGGAGCCGAUUUCGCCUUUUGCGCCAAAGCUCUAUAUAAUUUAUUUUUGAUUCAUAGUACAUUUUCUUCUUUUUUUUUGGUUAAGUUUAGUUACAUGAUUUCUCAGUUUACAGUACGUUUGUCAAUCGUGCCAACCGGGAUUUCUGGAAAGUUUGGGAAUAUUGGGAAAGUUACCGGAAUUUUGCAACCCUACCUUUAACCCGGAUCUGAUGUCCGUCCCACAGAGAUGAACAGACACCACUACUCCCUCUACAUCCACAACUGCCGCCUCAUUCUCCUGCUGCGCCUGGACCCCGCCGAGUCAGAGAACUACAAACCAGCCGAGUUCCACUGGAAACUGGACCAGGUGAGCAACCACACUUUGAAUUUAAUUUCAUUUGAUUUUGGACAAAUUGAGAUGGAACCUUGUCUUUUAUUAUUUACUUUGACCUCAUGUCCACUCUGCUCUCUCUCUGCCCCCAGGUGUGUGACAAAGAGUGGCACCACUACGUGCUGAACGUAGAGUACCCCUCCGUGGCUCUAUUUGUGGAUGGGGCCACCAUCGAGCCCUUCCUGGUAACCGAAGACUACCCCCUGCACUCCUCCAAGUUCGACACGCAGCUCACCAUCGGGGCCUGCUGGCAAGGUAAACUAGGCACAAAGUAGCCUGGUCCCAGAUCUGUUUGUGCUAUCAUGUCAACUCCUUGUCAUGCCAAACAUUUGGAUUUGACAUGAUAGCACAAACAGAUCUGGAACCAGGCUAGAUGCAAAGCAAAUGUUGACAAUAAAAGAUUAUCUUAAGAUAUCAUAUUUAUUAACAACAAACAGAAAUUGUCAGGAUGUUUUAAGAUGUAAUCCUUUAGCUACAUUGGUUCUUUCUGGAAUAGGCUGCAGGUAUGUGAUACAUGUGGCAAUGACUGCAUGUAUCACCAAAGACCCCAGUAUUGUUUGAAUUAAUGUCUACUUAUAUGGAUGGUCUAAGGAAAGAAUGCUAGAAUUAGGCUUUCAGUUUGAGAAUGUGAGUUUUUUUGUUAUAUGGUGACAGUUUUUUUCCAUUGAUAGACACCAGUCACAGUGGUACCCGUAUCAAUGUGGCCAUGUAAUGUUCUAUGUUAUAUACAGUGCCUUCAGAAAGUAUUCAGACCCCUUCACUUUUUCCACAUUUUGCUACGUUACAGCCUUAUUCUAAAAUAGAUUAAAUAUUUAUUUUUUUCAGCAAUCUACACACAAUACCCCAUACUGACGAAGCGAGAACAGGUUUUUAGAAUUCUUUGCAAAUGUAUUAAAAAUAAAAAACUGAAAUAACUUAUUUACAUAAGUAUUCAGACCCUUUGCUAUGAGACUCAAAAUUGAGCUCAGGUGCAUCCUAUUUCCAUUGAUCAUCCUUGAGAUGUUUCUUCAACUUAAUUGGAGUCCACCUGUGAUAUAUUCAAUUGAUUGGACAUGAUUUGGAAAGGCUCACACCUGUCUAUAUAAAGUCCCACAGUUGACAGUGCAUGUCAGAGCAAAAACCAAGCCAUGAGGUCGAUGGAAUUUUCCGUAGAGCUCCGAGACAGGAUUGUGUCGAGGCACAGAUCUGGGGAAGGGUACGAAAAAAAUUCUGCAGCAUUGAAGGUCCCCAAGAACACAAUGGCCUCCGUCAUUCUUAAAUGGAAGAACCACCAAGACUCUUCCUAGAGCUGGCCGCUCGGCCAAACAGAGCAAUUGGGGGAGAAGGGCGUUGGUCAGGGAGGUGACCAAGAACCCGAUGGUCACUCUGACAGAGCUCUACAGUUCCUCUGUGGAGAUGGGAGAACCUUCCAGAAGGACAACCAUCUCUGCAGCACUCCACCAAUCAGGGCUUUAUGGUAGAGUGGCCAGACGGAAGCCUCUCUUCAGUAAAAAGCACAUGACAGCCCACUUGGAGUUUGCCAAAAGGCACCUAAAGGACUCUCAGACAAUGAGAAACAAGAUUCUCUGGUCUGAUGAAACCAAGAUUGAACUCUUUGGCCUGAAUGCCAAGCGUCAUGUCUGGAGGAAACCUGGCACCAUCCCUAUGGUGAAGCAUGGUUGUGGCAGCAUCAUGCUGUGGGGAUGUUUUUCAGUGGCAGGUACUGGGAUACAUACUAGUCAGGAUCGAGGCAAAGAUGAACAGAGCAAAGUAGAUCCUUGAUGAAAACCUGCUCCAGAGCGCUCAGGACCUUAGACUGGGGGCGAAUAUUCACCUUCCAACAGGACAACGACCCUAAACACACAGCCAAGACAAUGCAGGAGUGGCUUCGGGACAAGUCUCUAAAUGUCCUUGAGUGGCCCAGCAAGAGCCUGGACUUGAACCCGAUCGAACAUCUCUGGAGAGACCUGAAAAUAGCUGUGCAGCAACGCUCCCCAUCCAACCUGACAGAGCUUGAGAGGAUCUGCAGAGAAGAAUGGGAGAAACUCCCCAAAUACAGGUGUGCCAAGCUUGUCACGUCAUACCCAAGAAGACUUGAGGCUGUAAUCGCUGCCAUCGGUGAUUCAACAAAGUACUGAGCAAAGGGUGUGAAUACUUACGUAAAUGUGAUAUUUCCGUUUUUGCUUUGUCAUUAUGGGGUAUUGUGUGUAGAUUGAUGAGGGAAAAAGACAAUUCAUCCAUUUUGGAAUAAGGCUGUAACCUUACAAAAUGUGGAAAAAGUCAAGGGGUCUGAAUACUUUCCGAAGGCACUGUAUAGUAUGUAAAAGCUGGAAGUAGAAGCCUGAGUGUUGUUCACCAUUAGUUUACUCCAACUAGGAGAGGGAUGGUAGGCUUAGGGGAAAAUAAUAAAGGAAAAAAUAUAUAUAUGGAUGAUUGGAAAUGAUACAGACAAUUACAUUGAUGGAAGCCACAAUCUAUCUGCAAUAUUAAAGGCGAUCUACCCCCUAAGAAAAAAAAAAUACUUACAUGAGAGCGCCAGUCACGCGGGCUUUGCUGCACAUUGAAACGGCAUGCUUCAAACCGCCGGCCCAGAAAAGGUCAGUCUGUAGACUUGUACGCAUUGCUGACUGUGUGUGUGUGUGAAUUUCUCAUCCGCUCUUCGGCGGGUCCAGGCGAAAACGCUCACAUGUCCCAGUUUUUUCGGGGGAAUCUGGCCGGGCUGAUGAUCCGCUCAGGAAAGCUGGAGAACAAGGAGGUGAUCGACUGCCUUUACACCUGCAAAGAGGGCCUGGACGUGCAGCUGCCUGAGGAGGUGGCAUCGGCCGUCAAGGUGAGAGGUUUAGCUAUAGCCUAGGGGGCUCUGGGGUGAAGUUUCCCCUAGGUACAGAUCUAGGAUCAGCUUCCCCUCCUACAAUCCUAACCUUUACCCUUAGUGGGGGAAAGAUCAGCGUCUUGGGGCAUCUUCACCCUACAACGCUAAAGGGCCUCUUGGGCUAGGCAGGGCAGCACACUGCUGGUCAGUCUGGGCUUGGGUUCAGCAUAGGUUCAGCAUACAUAGCAUUCAUUUCUAUCUGUGUGUACAAUGAGUAAACUGUCCUUUCUGAAGCAAACGUAGCAAAUCAUGCAAAUGAUUUAAUCUGAUAGUGUAUUUGUAUUUAUUAUGGAUCCCCAUACUCUUUUUGGGGUCCAGCAAAAUUAAGGCAUUUAUACAAUUUUAAAAACAUUACAAUACAUUCACAGAUUUCACAACACAAUGUGUGCCCUCAGGCCCCUACUCCACCACUACCACAUAUCUACAAUACAAAAUCCAAGUGUACGUGUGUGUAUAAUGCAUAUGUUAUCAAAUCAAAUCAAAUUUUAUUGGCCACAUGCGCCGAAUACAACAGGUGCAGACAUUACAGUGAAAUGCUUACUUACAGCCCUUAACCAACAGUGCAUUUAUUUUUAACAAAAAAAAAGUAAAGAUAAGACGACAACAAAAAUAGUGUUGAGAAAAAAAGAGCAGAAGUCAAAUAAAAUAACAGUAGGGAGGCUAUAUAUACAGGGGGGUACCGGUGCAGAGUCAAUGUGCGGGGGCACCGGCUAGUUGAGGUAGUUGAAGUAAUAUGUACAUGUGGGUAGAGUUAAAGUGACUAUGCAUAAAUAAUUAACAGAGUAGCAGCAGCGUAAAAGGAUGGGGUGGGGGGGCAGUGCAAAUAGUCCGGGUAGCCAUGAUUAGCUGUUCAGGAGUCUUAUGGCUUGGGGGUAGAAGCUGUUGAGAAGUCUUUUGGACCUAGACUUGGCACUCCGGUACCGCUUGCCGUGCGGUAGCAGAGAGAACAGUCUAUGACUAGGGUGGCUGGAGUCUUUGACAAUUUUGAGGGCCUUCCUCUGACAGUGAUGUACUGGGCCGUACGCACUACCCUCUGUAGUGCCUUGCGGUCGGAGGCCAAGCAGUUGCCAUACCAGGCGGUGAUGCAACCAGUCAGGAUGCUCUCGAUGGUGCAGCUGUAUAAUUUUUUGAGUAUCUGAGGACCCAUGCCAAAUCUUUUCAGUCUACUGAGGGGGAAUAGGCUUUGUCGUGCCCUCUUCACGACUGUCUUGGUGUGUUUUGACCAUGAUAGUUCGUUGGUGAUGUGGACACCAAGGAACUUGAAGUUCUCAACCUGUUCCACUACAGCCCUGUCGAUGAGAAUGGGGGCGUGCUCAGUCCUCUUUUUUUUCCUGUAGUCCACAAUCAUCUCCUUUGUCUUGGUCACGUUGAGGGAGAGGUUGUUAUCCUGGCACCACACGGCCAGGUCUCUGACCUCCUCCCUAUAGGCUGUCUCGUCGUUGUCGGUGAUCAGGCCUACCACUGUUGUGUCGUCGGCAAACUUAAUGAUGGUGUUGGAGUCGUGCCUGGCCAUGCAGUCAUGGGUGAACGGGGAGUACAGGAGGGGACUGAGCACGCACCCCUGAGGGGCCCCCGUGUUGAGGAUCAGUGUGGCAGAUGUGUUGUUACCUACCCUUACUACCAGGGGGCGGCCCGUCAGGAAGUCCAGGAUCCAGUUGCAGAGGGAGGUGUUUAGUCCCAGGAUCCUUAGCUUAGUGAUGAGCUUUGAGGGCGUGUGUGUGUGUGUGUGUAUGCAUGUGUCUGUGCCUAUUUUUUGUGUUGCUUCACGGUCCCAACUGUUACAUAAGGUGCAUUUGUAUCUGUUUUUUAAAUCUAAUUUUACUGCUUGCCUCAGUUACAGUGCAUUCGGAAAGUAUUCAGACCCAUUCCCUUUCUCCAUAUUUUUUUACGUUAGUCUUUUGUCGUUAGUAAAGAUUGAAAAAAGUAAGGGGCCUAGACAGCUGCCCUGGGGAAUUCCUGAUUCUACCUGGAUUAUGUUGGAGAGGCUUCCAUUAAAGAACACCCUCUCUGUUCUGUUAGACAGGUAACUCCUUGUCCACAAUAUAGCAGGGGGUGUAAAGCCAUAACAAAACGUUUUUCCAGCAGCAGACUAUGAUCUAUAAUGUCAAGAUCUUCACUGAAGUCUAACAAAACAGCCCCCACAAUCUUUUUAUCAUCCAUUUCUCUCAGCCAAUCAUCAGUCAUUUGUGUAAGUGCUGUGCUUGUUGAAUGUCCUUCCCUAUAAGCGUGUUAGGACUAAGUGCCCAAAAGAUAGUCUACAUUGAAAUGAGUACAGCCCCAAGUCAAGAGGGGUUUUAGUCUUCUAAAUUUGAAUGCACUCACUGUAAGUUGUUCUGGAUAAGAGCGUCUGCUAAAUGUCUAAAAUGUAGAAUGUCGUCCGAGAUGUUUGCGUCAACAGUUGGGGCUCACUAUGCCAUCACCUCUUCUCUUUUAGGUGGAGUUCAACCCCAACCAGUCGUCUCUGAACGUCGAAGGUGAUGACAUCAAGGCUUUUGACAAGGUCAUGCAGCACAUCUCCUACCUGAACUCACGCCAGUUCCCCACCCCUGGCAUCCGACACCUCCGCAUCUCCACCACCCUCAAGUGAGUGUCCCGUGCCAUCAAUAAAAACUUUGGCCCAUAUACAUUUUGGGCCAGUGUCCAGAACACAUAUUAUAGAUGAUGGACUAUCGUUUCUCUUUGCUUAUUUGAGCUGUUCUUGCCAUAAUGUGGACUUGGUAUUUUACCAAAUAGGGCUAUCUUCUGUAUACCCCCUACCUUGUCACAACACAACUGAUUGGCUCAAACGCAUUAAGAAGGAAAGAAAUUCCACAAAUUACCUUUUAACAAGGCACACCUGUUAAUUGAAAUGCAUUCCAGGUAAGUACCUCAUGAAGCUGGUUGAGAGAAUGCCAAGAGUGUGCAAAGCUGUCAUCAAGGCAAAGGGUGGCUAUUUUAAGAAUCUCAAAUAUAAAAUAUAUUUUGAUUUGUUUAACACUUUUUUGGUUACUACAUGAUUCCAUAUCUGUUAUUUCAUAGUUUUGAUGUCUUCACUAUUAUUCUACAAUGUAGAAAAUAGUAAAAAUAAAGAAAAACCCUUGAAUAAGUAGGUGUUCUAAAACUUUUGACCGGUAGUGUAUAUUGGUGCCCAGGCUUGGUCUUAGGUGGAAGAGCCUCAAUCUUCUUUUAUUGAUUUGAUUUUCAUAUGUAUAAAUGAUAAGGUUACAGAUGGUUAUGCAGACUUAAGAGUCUACAUUGGAGAGUUGCUAGCGGGAAAAACCCCUUGUGGAACUUUACAUGUUUAUUUUUCGGGUGUAGUAUAGUUCGGGUUCAGGGUUCAUAUAGUUUGUUUAGGCUCGGUGAGAAUGGGGAGAGUUCAACACAUGGAGAGAGUUCAACACAUGGGGGAAGGUACCACCUUAUCUUUAGAGUAGGAUUCAGUCUGCAUAUUGGUUGGUCAAAGUGCAAUGGCAGGUAACAGACUGUGUUUAUGUACAUGGAACAUUAGAGAGAGCCCUAACCCUGUUAAAAGGAAAGAAGUACUAUAUUUUUUGAAAAAACAAAAUAUUGAUAUUGCUCUGUUGCAAGAAACUCAUUUGGAUGAUAAGUAGCAUCUGAAAUUGCAACAAGGAGGGUUUGAUCAAGUGCUUUUCUCAUCAUUUACAUCCAGAAGUAGAGGUGUGGCAAUUCUUCCUACCACUUAAGGUGUUGAAUUGUGUGAAAGAUACAUUUGGUCGUUUUGUUAUAAUUAAAGGUACUUUAAAAAGGGCAGGACAUUUCCAUAAUGAAUAUUUACUCUCCCCCCCCACCUGUUUUAUCUGCUAAUAUAGGAAGCAUAGUCAUAUCUGAUCAUGCUGAGGUGAUCCUGGACAUAAAACUCAAAGGGGCACCCAAUCCAUCAAAACAUUGGAGAUUGAAUACAACCAUUCUUAAAGACCAUACAUUUACAUCAUAUUUUAUUACGGAGUUUAAAGCAUUUUUCUUUAUUAACACUCAAUCAACAGAUAACCCCUUGCUCCUUUGGUAAACCUGUAAAGCGUAAGCCAGGGGUCUGAUUAUGUCAUACUCAGCCACUAAGAGGCAGGAAAAAAUGUGAAAAGCAAAAACCAUUAGAGGGUGAAUUGGCAACUAAAGAGAAGGACUACAUAAAAAUUCCCACUCCUGCCCUAUUAAAGGAAAUAUCAGUCCUUAGAUCAACGUUGGACUCUCUACUAACACAGGACGCUGAAAAUAAAAUGAGAUUUGUCAGGCAAAAGGAAAAUAGAAAGGAAAAUAUUUGGCGUACCUAGCUAAAAAGAGAGCAGACUCCCAGUCAAUUGCUACAAUUACUGAUUCUGAUGGCAACCAUCUAUAUGAAAAUAAAUGGAUAAAUUAGUCAUUUAAGAAAUGUUAUGCGAAUCUUUAUACCUCAGAACUGACAAAUGAUGCACCCAAACUAAUGGAGGACUUAUUUUCUAAGAUUGAGCUCCUUACUAUUUCCGCCAGAACAGAGGUCUCUCCUUAAUACCCCUGUUACCAAGGAAGAGAUAAUGUUUGCAAUUAAGAAUCUGCAAAAUGGUAGGGCCCCAGGACCGGAAUGGAUUUGUAGUGAGUUCUAUAAGGAGUUCCAUGGCCUGAUCCUUGAGCCAUUGCUUGAUAUGUUUAACCACUCAUUUUCAAAUGACCGCCUCCCUCAAAAGCUGAGGGAAGCUAACAUCACUUAUUCUCAAAAAAGGAAAAUGCCCAGAGUCUUGUUCCUCGUACAGACCUAUUGCUCUUCUGAACGUGGAUAGGAAAUUACUUUCUAAAAUCCUAGCCCCGAGACUUCAAUUACAUCUCUUGUUAAUAUUAUUGAAUUAUUCAGUGAAUUAUCAGGCUACAAGAUUAAUCUAACUAAAUCAGAGGCUAUGCCACUUGGUAGUCUUCACUCUGGUAACUCUCCCCCCUUUCCUUUUAAAUGGUCUCCCUCAGGUUUUACGUAUCUGGGUAUAUUCGUAACUCCUAAAUACCAACAAAUGACCAAACCAAUUUUGUUCCCUUGUUUGAUACAAUAAGACAGGAUCUGGAGCGCUGGAACUCUCUUCUGAUUUCAUGGUUGGGUAGAAUAUCCCUCUUGAAAAUGAACAUUUUACAGAGACUACUUUACCCAAUCCAAAUGAUCCCAGUCUUACUUUCCAAUAACGUAAUAAAAUAUUGAAAUGGCUGGUUAAGUUCCUUCAUAUGGAGUUAAACGCAAGCCAAGACUUAAGAUGGCAAUGUUGCAGCUGCCAGGUUAUAUGGGGGGCUUGGAUCUGCCCAAUAUAAGGUUUUAUCAGUGGUGUGCCCACUUAUGUUAUAUUUCUGACUGGAUCACAAAUUAUGACUCCUCUAUUUGGUUAGACAUUGAGACAUAUUUUUCAAAAUACCCCUUGCAGGAUAUUUUAUUUUUCAGAAGCUUCAAGUCUGUAAAAGAUCACUGCAAUAAUCCCAUUACAGGUCAGUUCAACGUUUUUUGGGAAGGUCCAAACUAACCUCUGCUCUUACCCCGAUUCUUAACAACCCAGAUUUUGUACCAGGAUUGCUGGAUGCUGACUUUAACAUUUGGCUUAAUAAGGGCAAAGGCAGUCCCUCAACCUGAUCAAGACAAAGGAAAUUAUUAUGGACUACAGGAAUAAAAAGAGGACUGAGCACGCCCCCAUUCUCAUCAACAGGGCUGUAGUGGAACAGGUUUAGAGCUUCAAGUUCCUUGGUGUCCACAUCACCAACAAACGUUGUGAAGAGGGCACGACAAAGCCUAUUCCCCCUCAGGAGACUGAAAAGAUUUGGCAUGGGUCCUCAGAUCCUCAAAAAGUUAUACAGCUGCACCAUCGAGAGCAUCCUGACUGGUUGCAUCACCGCCCGGUAUGGCAACUGCUCGGCCUCCAACCGCAAGGCACUACAGAGGGUAGUGCGUACGGCCCAGUACAUCACUGGGGCCAAGCUUCCUGCCAUCCAGGACCUCUAUACCAAGCGGUGUCAGAGGAAGGCCCUAAAAAUUGACUGUUCUCUCUGCUACCACACGGCAAGCGGUACCGGAGCGCCAAGUCUAGGUCAAAAAGGCUUCUUAACAGCUUCUACCCCCAAGCCAUAAGACUCCUGAACAGCUAACCAAAUGGCUACCCAGACUAUUUGCAUUGCUGCUGCUACUCUCUGUUUAUUAUCUAUGCAUAGUCAAAUUACCUCUACCUACAUAUACAUAUUACCCCAAUUACCUCGACUAACCUGUACCCUCGCAGAUUGACUCUGUACCGGUACCCCCUGUAUAUAGCCUCGUUACUGUUAUUUUAUUGUUGCUCUUUAAUUAUUUUUCAUUUUUAUUUAUUUAUUGUUUACUUUUAUUACUGUUUAUUUAGUAAAUACUUUCUUAACACUUAUUUUUUCUUAAAACUGCAUUGUUGGUUAAGUGCUUGUAAGUAAGCAUUUCACUGUAAGGUCUACACCUGUUGUAUUCAGUGCAUGUGACAAAUACAAUUUGAUUUGAAUACUUAUUGACUCAAGACAUUUCAGCUUUUCAUUUUUCAGUAAUUUGUACGUUUUUCUAAUUCCAUUAUGGGGUAUUGUGUGUAGGCCAGUGAUACACACUGUCAGUUUAAUCAAUUUUAAAUUCAGGCUGUGACACAACAAAAUGUGGAAAAGGUCAAGGGGUUUGAAUACUUUCUUUAAGGCACUGUACCUUGAUUGCCUGAGUUCUGUCAUUGAGAUAAUUAUGAAACCAUCGGCAAGCAUCAGUACACAACCCUAUUGAGGACAGCUUAUUCAACAGAAUAACAUGGUCUAUAGUAUCAAAAGCUUUUGACAAGGCUACAAACAUAGCAGCACAAUUCUGUCUAUCAUCUAAGGCAUUUGCAAUAUCAUUUACAACAAGCAUGGUAGCCGUAAAGGUGCUAUAUUUAGGUCUGAAUCCGGUUUGAUAAACAUUAAGAAUACCAUUUACAGAUAGAAAAUAACGUAGCUGUUCUAGUAUUUUUGCAAGACAAAGGAGCCUGCAAGUGGUUUGAUAAUUAUCGAGAUCACUACUAUCCCCGCUCUUAUGGAGUGGUAGCACAAAAGCUGCUUUCCACACUUUUUGAAUAUUUCUUGAUACUAAAGUUAAUAGUAAAGUUAAAUGUAAAAUGUGUGUUACUGAGCCAGCAAAGACAGGUCCAAAUUGUCAGCCCCUAAUGACUUCUUGGUGUCAAUAGUUAAUAAGGCAAAAAUAACUUAUGUUUCUGUGAGUUGCCAAAAAGAAAAACCCUGACUACCAUUUCCCAAGUUACUGAUCAUACAGCGAGGCAACUGGAGGCUGUAUGUGGGAAGAACAGUCAACUGACUGGCCAAGACCAGUAUGACCACCAUUUCUUUCAAAUAGGAAACCAGCUGAGAUAAAAUGCUGAUUAAAAGCAUCACAAAUCUUAACUUUUUCAGUAAUGAUGCAGGAGUCUAAAACUACUUGAUUAAGCAGGGAAGUAGAGGAAUUACCCCAUUUUAAGUGAAUUAACUGUUUUCUAGAAUUUUGAUCAAUAACAGUCUGCCUUAGCACUAAGGAAGUAGUUUGAUUUGGCCUGUUUAUCCAAAGCAGUGCACCUAUUUCUCAGUGAAAGAUGAUGACAUUUAAAUGGUAAAUUACUGACAUGUUUAAAAGGUGUUGCUUUACACUAUUACUUUACACAAUUUAUUCGAAUAGAAUACAAAAAGCAGAACAGAAAGGUAAAAUGGACCUGUCUUUUCCAAAGGGAAUUCAACAUGAAAGGUAGACUGGAAAGGUAAGACAGAGGUGAAAAGAAUGAAACACAGCUUCAAGUGAUGCAAACUGUUUUAAAGCCUAGUUCCACAGUAUUUCCAAUAAAAUGGUUCCCUGCAAAUUAAACACAUUUCUAUACUAAGUUUAAAAAAUGACAUUUUGAUUGUCAUGGCUAAUCUGAAACCGUUGGCUCGCUAGGUGUUUCAACGAGGAGACGUGCAUCUCGGUGCCAGACGCGGAGGGAUACGUGAUGGUGCUGCAGCCUCAGGAGCCCAGGAUCAGCCUGAGUGGCAUCGACCACUUUGCCCGCGGCACCGCUGACUUCGAGAGCCCCAAGGGCGUGACGCUCUUCCCCGAGCUGCGCAUCGUCAGCACCAUCACCCGCGAAGUGGAGGCCGAUGACGAGCCCGAGGCCUCCGAGGGGGCCGAGGACGACCCCACAGGUACUAAGCCGUGCCACCCUACUGUAGAUCGUACCAUCUUACUGUAGAUCGUACCAUCUUACUGUAGAUCCUACCAUCUUACUGUAGAUCCUACCACCUUACAGUAAAGGGGUGUUUCUAAACCUUCUAACUGGCAAGCUAUGGUCCCUCCCCCUUGGAGUAUCCCCUUACAUUAAAACUAACACUUGAGGGGCCUCCCGAGUGGCUCAGCAGUCUAAGGCACUGCAUUGCAGUGCUUGAGGCAUCACUACAGACCCGGGUUCGUCAUAGCCGGCCGUGACCGGGAGACCCAUGAGGCUGCGCACAAUUGGCCCAGCGUCGUCCGGGUUAGGGGAGGGUUUGGCCGGCCGGGACUUCCUUGUCCCAUCGCGGUCUAACGACUCCUUGUGGCGGCCACGCCAUCUGGACUGUGUUUCCUCCGACACAUUGGUGUGGCUGGCUUCUGGGUUAAGCGAGCCGUGUGUCAAGAAGCAGUGCGGCUUGGCAGGGUCGUGUUUCGGAGGACGCAUGGCUCUCGACCUUCGCCUCUCCCGAGUCCGUAGUUGCAGCGAUGGGACAAGACUUAAUCACGAAAUUGGGGAGAAAAAAGUGGUAAAAGUACCAACAAAAAAAAUACUAACACUUGAGAACUGACUUGAACUGUCAGUCAGCCAACCAUCUCCGGAACCAGUCGGUAUCAUCCCAGGGACCGGUGGCUGUCCACAAACCAGAGGUUGGCUUUAGAUACUAUGGUAAAUAGGGCUUAGAGGUCUACUACCACUGUUACCUACCUACACUUCUGUUCUCCUUACCUCUCUCAGGUUGAUAAACAAUGUACAGGACAUCAUGGGCUAGUUUCCCAGACACAGAUUAAGCCUAGUCCUGGACUGAAAAGCUUUCUGGGAACCUUUUAUUUUCCUGGUAUUUAGCAGGUUGUUACCUCGAAAUUACUAAUCCAUUGUUACCUCCAAGUUUCUUUAGUAAAUACCAUGUAAAUACCACCUUAAAUCGGGCUGUAAAGUAAAGCGUAACCAGCAUCCUCAAUGGACAAUGUCCAUUGAAAGUAUGUUUUAGUCUAGGACUAGUUUUUAAUUUGAGUUUGGCUACCAAGCCUAAAAAAGCCCUCUUAAGAAGCCUCACAUGAUCAGAUCAGUUUUUAUGAAAAGGACAAAAGAAACUGCACACUAUAUAAUCCGUGUACCACAUUUUACGUUUUGAUCCACAGUGGCUCUUUGUCAGGUCAAACAGUAUUUAAGUGUACACAUACCCAUAAAUCCACAUGACCAUUAUGCCACUGUCCAACAUGAGCAUUCACGCAUGACAGAUACAAUUUCAGGCAAGAAUUAUUCAUGCUUCUUCAUUUGUCUACGCAUUCUUCAUUCAUCUAUGAUUGCAUUUUAAUUGAAAACUCCAGUUUGGCUAAAAUGGAUGCUUUGUCCCAAGUCUUCUCAUCAUCUCUCUCUUUCUUGUUCUCGUUCUCUCUCUCAUUCUCUCCCUCUCUGGAAAGUGUUACCACAUAAAGUACAUUGCCACAGAAAACAUAUAGAAACAUGAAAUCAAUGAUGGAAAUACACCAGUAGAAAAAUACAAAUAUUUUAUCUUCUCUGUCAGUUCAAGAGACUGUGGUGUCGGAGGAGAUCAUGCACAACCUGGACACGUGCGAGGUGACUGCUCUGGACGAGGAGCUGGAUGGAGAGCAUGAGACCCUGGAGGUGGACCAGGCCCAAGUCCAGCAGCGUGGCCUGGAGAUGACUUCCUCCAACCUGGGCCUCGUCCUGACAGGUCUGUCUAGGAUGGCUAGGCUAAGCUAGGCUAGGCUAUGUUUGGCUAUGGUAGACUAGGCUAUGCUAGUAUAGGCUAAUCACAAUAGCAUUCAGGCACAGCCACACAGACGCAAUCCAUAUGUAUAAUGGACAUGCAAAGCCUACAUUCAUACAUAUAGCCGCGCAUGUGCACCAGGUGUCACGCACCCACAUGUAUGCACAUAUUCUACUUCUAUUGGCUACUAGCAAAAAUACACACACUAGGCAUACAUACACUCACAUUCUACAUGACUACUGUAGCAACUUUUCAUUCACCACAAUGCAUCAAAACCUAUCCUUCCUUUAGCUACAUGUUCCCUCCCUAAUGCUACCUCCUCUCCCUGUCACAGGCAUAAACACCAUGGCCAACUACGAGCAGGUCCUGCAACUGAUCCACUACAGGAACUGGCACACGGAGGCUCUCUUUGACAGGAAGUUCAAGCUGGUCUGCUCCGAACUCAACGGGCGCUACAUCAGCAACAACUUCAAGGUCGAGGUAUGACUGAGCGUUUACUGUCUAUACCUCACCUAUAGGGCUACUGCUGUCACUUGUUCAGUAUAGAGAUGGAUGUAUGGACAAUAAUCCCUAGUCACAGUGUUUGGGGAUAUUAACCCUUUGUAAAUUGUAAACAACAAGUGAGGAAGUAAACAACAAUAUGUAACAAGUUGUUUUUCCCAUGGAAAAGGUUUGGUAAUAUUUCAUUAACCCUUGAAUACAUUAGAUAGGGAAAGGGGAUAUCUAGUCAGCUGCACAACUGAAUGAAUUCAACGGAAAUGUCUUCCGCAUUUAACCCAGCCCUUUGUGAAUCUGUGAUCUGUCACACUCUGGACACUCUCUCUUUCUUUCUGUCACUCUUUCGCUCUCUCUCUCUCCCUCUCCAUCUCUCUCUUUCUCUGUGCGUGCAUGUGCCUACCCCCAGGUCAACGUGAUCCACACAGCCAACCCCAUGGAACACGCUAACAAUGUCAAGGUUCAGCCAAACUUCAUCAACCCAGUGCAACACGCCUCUGUGGACCUGUCUGGACACAACCUGGUCAACGCUCACCAGGCCUCAGGUACACCACUAAUGCUAACCCAGCUUGUUAGCCUGUGUGAAUAA